AUGGCGCGGGCUGCGGGCGCGCGGGGCCGGCUGGGGCGGUGCGGGCGGCGCUGGAGGUGCGGGCGGCGCGCGCUGGCUGCCUGCGUGGCCUGGACCGCGGUCUGGGUGCUGGCGGCCGCGCUGCUGCUCCGCGCGCACCCCGGGGUCCUCUCGGAGCGCUGCACGGACGAGAAGAGCCGGCGCAUCCUGGCCGCGCUGUGCCGGGAUUACCAAGGCGGGGCGCUGGCAGGUGACCUCUGCGAGGACCUGUGUGUGGCGGGGAGGCUGCGGUACCGGCGCUGCCUGUACUACGAGAGGGGCAAGAAGGUGCUGCAGGCAGACUGGCACGGCCGCCCCAUCAUCCUCAAGUCCAAGGAGGAAGCCUUCUCCAGCUUCCGGCCACCUGGCCUGAUGGAGGACCAGGCUGAGGACGAGGGCCAGGGCUUCCCAGAGGCAGAGCUGCUCCUACUGGUGGCAGGGGAGGUCAAGAGCGCCCUGGGCCUGGAGCUGGCGGCUGGCAGCCUGGGGCCGCUGUGGCCUGGGUACCGGGGCGCGCACUGGCAGGGCCAGCUGGCCAGCUUGUGGUCGCUGGUGCAGCAGGAGGAGUUUGUGCUGCUCAGCAUGCUGCACGGCCUCAGCCCGCACGCCCCGCCGCUGCUAGGGUCCUGCGGCCACUUCUACGCUGUGGAGUACCUGGCAGCAGGCAGCCCCCACCACAGGGCUCUCUUCCCCAUGGAUGGGGCCUUGCGGAGCCAGGCCCAGGCCAUCGGCGACAUGGCCCUCAGCUUCCUGGACCUGGUGAGACAUUUCGACAACGACUUCUCCCACCGCCUCCACCUCUGCGAUGUCAAGCCUGAGAACUUUGCCAUCAGGAGGGACUUCACGGUCGUGGCUAUCGAUGUGGACAUGGCUUUUUUUGAACCUAAAAUGAGGGAAAUUCUCGAGCAGAAUUGCACGGGAGAUGAAGACUGCAAUUUCUUUGACUGUUUCUCAAAGUGCAAUCUCAGAGUCCACAAGUGUGGUGCGCAGAGAGUCAACAACAACCUGCAGGUGGUCUGUGACAAAAUAUUCCGACACUGGUUCUCCUCGACUCUCCAGAGCCCUGCCAUUUCCUUCCAGCUCCAGCGGCAGCUGCGGGAGGCCGUGCAGGAGUGUGCAGAUCCAGGUGGCCCCCAGAGAGCUGCCUCCACCAUGUUCUGGAGGCUUCAGCGCCUCCUCCGAGCUGCGCUGAGGGAACUGCGGGAGGCGGAGAAGUAG